AUGUUGAUCCUGUCGCCAAUCCAAGAGCACUUGGCUCACGGUGGACCGGCGCUCAUACUUCCCGCUCAUUCUGCAGCCGGGGGCAUGCCGCAUCGUCCAGUGCCGAUCUCACGAUGCUGGCAGGAGGUUGAAACUCCGGACAAGCUGCCACGCCCUUUGAAGCGACAAGAACAAGGCUGCCCUCAUGAAUCGCUGAAGCGGGGGCAAGAGCUUCCGCUCUCGGCUCCUUUCCCGGCCGAAGACCACAGGUCUUGCAAAGGCACGCUUUGCGACGUGGCCCUAGUCGAAAGCCUGGCAUUGCUGAAGGUUUCUGACAUGUUGCCUGCUGCUGCGGCUUGUGUAGCCUGGCGUCGUCUUGUGGAUUCCACGGAGCUGUGGCAUAUUGCUUCGCCACGCCUUCGUGUGAUGGACCGCAUAGUGUGGAAGAGCAAGAUCUGCGAACGCAGAUCUCGGGGAUCCAUGAGAUCCGGCAUACUUCUCGGAACUCGCAAACAGGAAGUGGCUGUUCGAUGUGUCAAUCUUAGGCACAUGAACGCCUCGUGCGAUGAUGGUUUGGUACCUAGCGUUGUUCGAGAGGUGGCAUUUUUGCAAAGCCUGGCCCGGAUGCGGCACAGCUCCUUCGUGCGACUUCUGGAGGUGGAGGUGACGGGUGACUGGGUCCACAUCGUGAUGACCAAAAUGGCAAGAUCGUUCCAAUUCUGGGCCUCCUGCUCGCCCACGCUUCCUGAGAUCCGUGAUUUUUUCAAGCAGUUGCUGGAGGCUGUGGCAUUUUUGCAUGCAAGAGCAUGGGGCCUUUGUGAUUGGAAGGGCGCGCCUUCCAACUGUAGACCCAUAGUUGACGCCAUGGCUACGUCAAGGUUGCCCCUCCUUUUUGCUGGGGUGGCUUUGGCACAGUCUGACACUGACGGCCAUCUUCGUCACAAAGUGGGCAAAUCCAGCCAAGUGGAGAUGGCUUUACUUCUGCUCCUAUCAGCCGUUUUGGUCUUCGGCAUCUUCUUAUAUCAGAGAUUUGUCCGUGACAGGGACAGAGUGGCUGAGGAGGAUCUAGAGAGAAUCAAGACCACCGACAAGUGCUUGAAAGCAAUCCUGAAGAAUUUCAGCAUCCAGAAACUCGAGGAGAACAGAUUCCGCGGCAUCACCAAGAAGCUGCAGACCGCAUCUCUGGAGUUCAAUAGCAUCUCUUGCAGCGUUUUGGCCGGCAGCGAGCAGAGACCAAUCCUUGACGAGAUCUCCGGAAAAUUCGAGGCUUACCACCUCUCGGCCGUCAUGGGUCCAUCUGGCUGCGGCAAGAGUACCCUUCUCGAUGUUCUAACAGGGAAGAAGAAGACAGACUCCAAAUGGACCGUCAAAGGCGACAUCCUCAUAAACAACCAGAAGAUCGACAUUGAGACGAUCAAGCCGAUCAUCGGCUUCGUCCCACAGGACGACGUGGUCCAUGAAGGGCUGACAGUCCGAGAGAACAUCUUCUUCUCCGCAGCGAAGCGCAUGCCGGCUCACACCUCCCGUUCGAGGCUCCGGGCGAUCACCAAUGAUGUUCUCCAGGUGCUUCAGCUCGAGCCAAAGCAGAACUUGCUGGUCGGCAACCGCACGCGAACCGGAGAGGGCUUGAGUGGUGGCCAGAAGAAGCGUGUCAACGUCGGCAUCGAGCUGGCCGCUUGUCCGACGAUUCUCUUCUUGGACGAGCCCACCUCCGGCCUGGAUGCAACGGCUUCGUUGUUGCUUGUCCAGCAGCUCAAGAGAAUGGCAAGACUUGGUGUGACCAUCGUCAUGGUGAUCCAUCAGCCGCGCUAUGACCUUUUCACUUUGCUUGAUGAUGUCUUACUGCUGGGAACUCUCGAGAAAAUGGGCGGUCGCCUUGCCUACAUGGGGCCGACCGUGCAGGCAAAGGAGCACUUCCAAGCCUUAGGUCUGGACAUGCCGGCGAAUUGGAAUCCGGCAGACUGGAUGAUGGACAUACUUAGCGGGCAGAAUUUGGACCAGAGCAACUGCAGGAUUCCAAUCUCAGAAAUACCUGCUGCGCUUUUCCAGAGGUGGAACGAACUACCUGUGCCACAAGGAAAAGUUACCUUUCGUCGAGGAAUGAGUGCCUACGACAAGGCAGACAACGACGAAGAGUUCCAAAUGAUUCACCAACAUUGCAAGGAUGCUUGGAGUGCAGUUGCGCCGCCACACGUUCGACUUGAAGCAGACGGAUUUGCGCAGGUCCUCAAAAGUUGCCUGGGGGCGAUCCCAGAGCCUGACAUUGUGAGCGGCAUCAUGAAGCGGGCAUCUGCGUACGAGACCCGGCACAACAGCAGCCUCUACCUGAACGACGAAUCUUCUGGGCAACCGUACAUAACCAUGCGAGCCUUCAGCAACUAUUUGGUUUCCUUCAGAGGCCUAACUUUGAAGGAUGACGCGCGAAGAAGAGGACCAGGUGACAGUACCGACACUGACACUGGCGACUCGUCCAGCUCAGGGAGUGAGGAUUCUGUGGACGAGGAGCGGUGUGGCAUAUGCCCUGGGCUUCUUCGAGACAAAUCAAAGCCACUCCUGGCUGAUGGGCUUCGGCGGACCCAGCCUGGGUUCUGCGGCCACUUGAACUGCACGGUGCAGACGUCCUUGAUAUCUUUCUGGCGCACCAUGGGCAUCAAAAUGCUAUUCCUGGUGGUUAUGAUAUUUGCGGCUGGAUUUUUAGGUGUAAUGGAUGUCGUUGUGUUCAAGACACCGAGAUGGAGUCCAACUGGAUUCCUGAAUGUACAGAUUGCCUUGGCGCUGCUGGUGUCCGUCUAUUCUUUGCAGCUCUUCAGCCUCGACCAGGAGAUGUAUUGGCGUGAGGCCAGUCAUGGGCUCAAUCGAGCUUCGUUCUUCUUGGGACGGACCUUAGUGCAAACCCUCGAUUGGGCGCUGCUGACAUUCGUGUAUGUCAGCAUGUACUACUGCAUUGAGGAGUUUUGUGAGCUGCCUCCCCUGCUGACCGGUCGCGAAGUGCAAGCAUUCCUUGAGCCCUUCGGGUUCUUGGCCAACACUCCGCUUGACUGGCAGAAGGGUCCACUUCCUGAGCUGCGGAUCAUCAUCGCCGGUCAUAGCUCUUCUGGACGGCAUCUCUUCUACAAUGUCGAAUGCACCCUUUGGCGGGCAAGUCAUGCAGGUGCAGGUUAUGCGCACAAGACGGAGGACGCCUCGUUGACCGCCCAACCCUGGUUAGCCUGGCGGGCAUCGAGACGGCUCGCCCACCUACGACAAGGGCUCCACGACCUGGUGAAAAGUCAUCUUGGCAGCAGCUACAAGACCUACUUUUGCCAUGUGCCCUUCGCCCAGAGAUUCAGGCUUGUGCCACCGAUUGUUGCAGCUAAUGCUCUUAGGGUCCUGGGUGCACCGAACCUCAAGGACUCCGAGUUGCCAGGCGUGGAUUUCUUUGACCUGUCGAUCUCGGAAAACACAGAGAUCCCGGAGGAGGGCGCCGAGAGCCUUACGACCCGUUCCUCGGACAAUCUGCCAUCGUCGUCCCCGAGUGCCACACCAGAAAGCGCGAUGCUGUCCCCAGUGCAAGUGGAAGCACCGCGACGGCGGCAAGUGGAUCGGGUCUCGGACAUACAGCUGCCCGGCCUUGAGGACAGUGACAGCGCCUCGCUUCCGGACGGGUUGACCCCCGGUGAACUGGGUACCUUACACUAA